UAUUAAGGGCUCUCAGCUCCUGCCUCUCACUCUCACUCUCCUCCGCUCCUUCCCCACUCACUCGAGAGCCUCUUGCCUCGUCCCCUCCCGCCAGCUGUGGGAAGAACGUUGUCUCUCCAGCAAUGCGUCUCCCUGUGAUUCUGUUUUGUGCUCUCUGGUCUGCAGCGUCGGCCGAUAACUCGCAUGAUUAUGAGCUCAUGUAUGUGAAUUUGGACAACGAAAUAGACAAUGGACUCCAUCCCACUGAGGACCCCACGCCGUGCGACUGCAGUCGGGAGAACUCCGAGUGGGACAAGCUCUUCAUCAUGCUGGAGAACUCGCAGAUGCGGGAGGGCAUGCUGCUGCAGGCCACCGACGACGUCCUCCGGGGAGAGCUGCAGAAGCUUCGGGCCGAGCUGGGCCGGCUGGCGGGCAGCCUGGCGCGGCCAUGCGCGCUGGCGGCCCCCGCCGAGGCCAGGCUGGCCCGGGCGCUGGAAGAGCUGCUGCAGGCAAGCCGCGACGCGGACCGCAGGCUGGCGCGCCUGGAGGAAGCCGGGGCGCAGCAGCCGCAGGAGGAGGCGGGGCGGGCCCUGGGCGCGGUGCUCGAGGAGCUGCGGCGGACGCAGGCCGACCUCCGCGCUGUGCAGGGCUGGGCGGCAGGACGCUGGCUGCCAGCAGGUUGUGAAACAGCAAUUUUAUUCCCCAUGCGUUCCAAGAAGAUUUUUGCAAGUGUGCAUCCAGCGACACCAAUGAGACUUGAGACUUUCAGUGCCUGCAUCUGGGUCAAAGCCACAGAUAUAUUAAACAAAACCAUCCUGUUUUCCUAUGGCACAAAGAGAAAUCCAUAUGAGAUCCAGCUGUACCUCAGCUAUCAAUCCAUCGUGCUUGUGGUGGGUGGAGAGGAAAACAGACUGGUUGCCGAUACUGUGAUUUCCCUGGGAACGUGGACCCAUCUGUGCAGCACCUGGAAUUCAGAGAAAGGGCGUGUGGCCUUGUGGGUAAACAGUGACCUGGUGGCCACCACUGUCGACAUGGCCACGGGUCACAUUGUACCGGAGGGCGGAAUCCUGCAGAUUGGCCAAGAAAAGAACGGCUGCUGUGUGGGCGGUGGCUUUGAUGAAACAUUAGCCUUUUCUGGCAGACUCACCGGCUUCAAUAUCUGGGAUCAUGUUCUCAGCAAUGAAGAGAUAAGAAAGACUGGAAGAGAAGAGUCCUGUCACAUCCGGGGGAAUGUGGUUGGGUGGGGAGUCACAGAGAUUCAGCCCCAUGGAGGAGUUCAGUAUGUUUCUUAAGUGUUGUGAAACUCUACUUGAAGCCAAAGAAAGAAACUCACAUUUUAAACAUAUGCCGGUUGGGAAGGUCUAAAAACCUGAAUGCAUAUUAAGAACACUUGAGACUAAUGAAUGAGAGAGUUGAGAUCAGUCUUUAUUUAUCUUGGCAAAAUACUCAGUAAACAGUCAAAGGGGAGACAUUGGAGAAGGCUUUUGGGGAUAUUGUUACUAUAUUUUAUGCCACGGUGCUUUCAGAUUAAUGCUGUGUCUUUGUCAGAUAAACUCUCAAAUAAUUAAAAAGGACUGUAUGGUUGAACAGAAGGACAAUUGUUUUACUUUUCUUUGGUUAAUUUUGUUUUGGCCAGAGAUGAAUUUUACAUUGGAAGAAUAAUAAAAUAACAUUUGUUGUCCAUUGUUCAUUGUUUAUUGGUACAUAACUAAUUAUGAAAAAAUGAUGAUAAACACGUAUUUAUACUACAAUGUGACUUAACAAAUACAAAUGUAGCUUAUGUUAUAAACAAAUGUCACUUUUUUGAGGAGAUAGUUAUAUAAGUUAUAUUAUAAAAUGGUUUUGUAUUAAUUUUAUUAAGACUAUUUUUGUAAAGCUCUUCUGUAAAUAAAAUAUUUUCUAAAACUA